AUUGUACUUCACACUACUAUUAUAAUUUACUACGAUGCGAUUCAUGAUCUUGAUGAAAAAUUAAUACUAUCCUUUAGGCACAAAUGUCACACCUUUAGGUAUUUAAAAUUUCAAAUUGCUCCACUUCAGCGAACCAUGACAUUUCAAAUACUGAUUUCCUGUCGUUGAAGAUGACAAUAUUUUCAUUAAGUGAGUGUUUAUUGAGAAGCAGAUAGUGGUUAUCAAACCAUAGAUAAGAUAGGUCUGACUUUAAUGUUUCCAUAUAUAACGUGACAUACCCAGAUUCCACACAGUAACCAUGGCAGAGAAUACAGUUGUGAUAGACACCAAGUUGGGGCAGUUGAGAGGACAUACCAGACAGUCUGUCCUCACUCUGAAGAAAUAUUAUGCGUUUCAAGGCAUCCCUUUUGGUAAACCGCCACUGGGAAAUCUCAGAUUCCAGGCACCGCAGCCUUUUGGUGGCUGGGAAGGAGUCAGAGAUGCUUUAGAAGAUGGCCCUAAGUCUAAUCAGAACAUCAUGUUCCCAAAACCGGGAACUGACCAUACCAAACUUUGGGAGGGUGACGAAGAUUGUCUUUAUCUUAAUAUUUACAUGAACGAGCUUCCAGGCAGCAGCAAACCCAAGAAGCCUGUGAUGUUCUCCAUCCAUGGUGGAGGUUUCAAUGGAGGUUCAGGUGGUUUGAGUAUGUCUGGCCCUGAUAUCUUAUUGUAUGAAGAUGUCAUUAUUGUAUCACCUAACUACAGAGUUGGCGUGUUUGGUUUUCUAUCUCUGGAGAAUGAGGAACUACCAGGAAAUGCAGGCCUCAAGGAUCAGACCCUGGCCUUGAAGUGGGUCCAUGACAACAUUGACAGUUUUGGUGGUGACCCAAACAAUGUCACCAUCUUUGGUAUCAGUGCUGGCGGAGCUUCUGUGGCCUACCAUCUGAUCUCCCCUUCUUCCAGAGGCUUAUUCCAUAAAGCUAUCAUCCAGAGUGGAUUUGCCCUUAACCCUUGGACUCUUCAGGAAAAUCCACGUUCUCAUGCGCUAAUGGUAUCAAAGAAACUGGGAUGUAAAUCUGAAGACCCUGUGGAAGUACUUCGUACCCUCCAAUCUGCAUCUGCUGACGACAUCAUGGUAGCUGCGAGAGAGCUGACUACGAAUAUGGAUUUGAUGACGAGAUUUGGUUUGGUGUUUGGACCCAGUGUGGAACCAGCAGGACCUGACGCUUUUCUGACCGACAGCCCUGAAAAUAUUAUGAAGAAAGGUGACUUUGCCAAAGUUCCUGUCAUUCUGGGCUGUUGUGUUAAAGAGGGAUCCUUGUAUGGCUUCAUUGAACUGAAUGAAGGAAAGUUUGCAAUCGUAAAUGAAAACCCGAGUGCUGUAGUCCCAUCGUUUUUGGGACUCAAGCCAGGAAGUGUGGAGGAAAAACAAGCAAGGAAAGAAAUCUGGGACUAUUACUUAAAAGGAAAACCUCUCUCUUGGGACAACAUUUAUGAUUUCCUGUGUUGUGUAGGAGACUGUGGUUUCCACCUGGGAAUGGAACAGACCAGAAAAUAUUUGUUGGAGAAGUCUUCAGAACCUGUCUACAGUUACCUGUUUACUAAUCACUCCAAAUGUCUGUGUGACUUCAUGAAACUAAUGUAUAAAGAUCCAGACCAACUUGCUAAAAUCGCUACACCAUCAGAAACAUGUCAUGGAGCGGAUGCAGCAUUUAUCUACACAAUACACUCAGGCAUGCUCUCCAACCCUGAGCCGACUUCUACUGACAAGGAAGCUAUGAUAAAACAUGUCAAGGCAUGGACAUCCUUUGCUUCUCAAGGUGAUCCCAACUGCGGUGAACUGGGAGCGAUUUGGGAGAAAAACACCAAGGAAAAGGCGUGUUUCAUGGACAUUGGACCUCAAUGGAAACUGAACGACGGGAUACCUUUGGCAGACAGAGUUGGAUUCUGGGAGGAACUAUAUUCGAAAUAUCGCACAGUUUGAUCAUGUUUACAUUGACUUAAAUAAAUACUGCAUUAAUACUCUGAAAUGUUGUUUUAAAAUUAUAAAAAAAAAGAUCAUUUAUGUCAUGACUAUGGAACACUACUCUAGCUAAUUGUGGUGGUUAUAAUUGUACAUAUGUCUAUGAAGCUAGCUGUGAUAAGUUUUAAUUUCCAACUCUUCUUAUAACAUUUGUCAAAAUAUAUCAUAUCUCAGCUAAGAGUUAAUACAGAUAAAAUAAUUAACGGUUUUUAUUCUUACUUUGCUGUAUACAUAUUUGGUUCUCGAAGCUAUUUUGUGACAUUUUAAGAUCACGGCAGUUGUUUUAAAAAUCGUACGACAACAUUGCCAUUAUAAAUAUUAAUUUUUAAAUAUUUUAAAUCUGAACCUUGAGAUGUAACAGACAUAAAACCUACAUUUCUUUCAACUGACAAUGGAGCACUUUCCCCAAAUGCUGAUAAGUUAUACUGAUAAAGUAUAGCAUGUAAAUGCCAACAUAUAAUAUGUGAAUCAACACGUAAUAGUAAGUUAUUACAUGUUCGGUUAGGUACUCUUUGAGUUGUACGAUUUAUUGUAAAUUAUAGAGUUUCAGUUGGAAAUAAAUAAAAGAUGCUUUUUAAUGA